GUCUGAAGAAAAACGGUGAGUUGAGUUGAAAAAUUGUCCGAACUAAGUAACUAUGCUUAAUUAGACAACGGGACACACACAGGAGUGUCUUCAUAAUAAUUUAAAGUUAACACGAUGCAGACAAUAAAAUGUGUGGUGGUAGGGGAUGGUGCGGUAGGAAAAACCUGCUUAUUAAUCUCCUACACAACCAACAAGUUUCCGUCAGAAUAUGUGCCAACGGUUUUUGACAAUUAUGCAGUGACUGUGAUGAUUGGGGGGGAGCCCUACACACUUGGCCUGUUUGACACAGCUGGUCAGGAGGAUUAUGACAGGCUGCGUCCUCUCAGCUAUCCACAGACAGAUGUGUUCCUUGUAUGUUUCUCAGUUGUCUCCCCCUCAUCAUUUGAAAAUGUCAAAGAAAAGUGGGUUCCUGAGAUUUCUCACCACUGCCCUCAGACACCCUUCCUGUUAGUGGGUACUCAGGUGGAUUUGAGGGAAGACAGUAACACGAUUGAGAAACUUGCAAAGAACAAACAGCGUCCCCUGUAUCCUGAGAGUGGAGAGAAGCUUGCUCGUGAGCUCAGGGCUGUUAAAUAUGUGGAGUGCUCUGCUCUCACACAACGAGGACUUAAGAAUGUGUUUGAUGAGGCCAUUUUGGCAGCCUUGGAGCCCCCUGAGACCAAACCCAAGAAGAGGUGUGUUCUGCUAUAGAUGAACAACAACGCUCAGAUGUAUGGAACAGGUGGGGUGAAUCGAAAUGUCACAAAGAUCAAUCAACGGCCAUUAGAAAAAACGGACAAAACAAAAGGAGGAGGGAGGUACAGUGCCGUUGAUCUAAUAAUGUGUACACUGAUUGUGCCUUCACAAUAAAAUUAAAGAGGCUGAGGAAGCAGAUCCUCGGCAUGCAAUAAAUGCAGAAAACUCCUUUUCUGAAAGCUUUUAAAAACUGCAGUGUUCUCUACAAGUAUCAAGGUGGGGCGGGCCCCCCCUGCCUAUCACUUUUGCUCCCUCUUCUUUUUAUUUUCAGUUACCUGUGGCCUCCUGUGUUUAACUCGCAACUCCUUUGUGGCCUUUAUUAUCAGGCUCAGACUUCAUUAGAAUUAAAAGAGCAAUUUGGAUACAGUUACAUUUAACAUUAAGUUUUUUAUCAAACUGUGAUUGGUUACACAUUUAAUGGGGCAACUUAAUGUUAAGUGGUACUUUCUUUGCUUUCUUUUCUGACCUUUUUGAACUAAAUAAUGAAAGCUUAAUGAGAUUUAUUGUCACUCCAAGCAAAAGUAUCUGUCUGUAGUUCUCUCUGCCAACUCCCCGGUGAAUUUAGAGAGGCCAAAUGCAUUUUCACCAAUGUCCUUUCUCCAAGUGACUUACGAAUUUAUAUUUUAUUCCUCUUUUGUGUAUAUUGUAUUAAUUCUGUGACUUUGUUUUGGGAAAUUUUAGCAGUUAUUCAUUUUGAAACUUGACUUUUUAUUUUAUUCAGAUUUUUUUUUAUUGCUAGACUACCAACCUUGAGUGAUUGAUAAUAUAACAAAUUCAGCUGUAAUAUUUUUGAAUAGAUCUUCAUCUUGAUAGAGAUUGAGAUGACAACUGUUGCUAGGAAAAUUCUGGGUGUUUGUAAUCACAGAAUAUUUGUAAUAAAAUGGUUUAAAUUACAGA